CCCUCAGUUGAAACUUUGGCGCUGCUUGCUUCAGUGCGCUUGUUGUCACUCACAGCAGCAACCGGAAAGGCGGGGCGCUGCUCGCUUCCAGACUUUAAAACAGAAUUAAAUUCCCGCCCAGUCCUCCGGCGGUGUAGGAAGUGAAGGAAAACGAACGAGCAACUCUUGAUGCAAAACCCUUCUGAUAAAACACAAGGAAGUAAGUGAGGGGAAUGAAGAAAGGACUCAUUUUAAACAUUGUUUAGCAGAAGUAACAUGCAUUCGUGUAUUAACUAUUAUUGUGAACCGUAAAGGGACCAUUAGAUAUUCAUUGUUUGCAAACAACGCAAAUAUGAAGAGGGUGAAACAUAACUUUGCUUCGCCUUUCAUGGCAGUCCUUCAACUCUGUUUGACUUUUUAACUGACUGUAUGCAAUCACGUCAUGAGGUGCGUUACAGACUCAUAAUGUCGGAAGAAAACCCCAGGACCAGUGCUGGAUACUCAGGGAACUCGUAGUUAGCUGUCUGGUGUUAUAAACACUAGGGGUGCAAUGGACGGUGGAGCUCCUGAUGCAGAAGAAGAUGGAGAGCAGGCAGCCUGUCGGAUUAAGGAGACAGACAGGUCGGAGGCUGCAGAAGUGGCAGUGACUCCUGCAUGUUUCCCAUCAAGAACGACAUCAAAAGGUGGAGAAACGGACCCUGUUCUGGACCUGUUGUCCCCAGAGCUCUGGAGGGGACUUUUACACCAGGAUCAGGGGAAACCAGAAAGGGAUGCCCCCUCUGAGUCUCCCUCCAGCCUCAUGGACACCUAUGGUCCCUCAAUGUCAAGCCUCUCUUCCUCCUCCUCCUCCUCUUACUUGUCCACCCAUCGCAACCAUGGUGCCAAUCUCUCCUCAUCCUCAUCUUCCUCUUCGUCUGCCUUGUGUCUGACUCCACCGUUGCCUCCUGCUGUGGAGCUCCCAGCUGUGUUGACUGAGACUAGACUGACCCUGGAUGUGUACCGGGGAGGAGCGGCGGCACUGCCUCUGAUUUGGGGGUCCAUACCGGGGAAGGUGAGAGGAGUCCAGUACCUGAGACUGGGCUCUGAAGAAAAAACAGGGCUCGACGGCGCACUGGAUGUCGUAUCUCAUCUGACAGAGCUGCGAUCUCUGGCCAUUCGGGGACACUGUUUUUAUGACUCCCAAGGGGACCCGCUGCCUGGCCUCCUCACCACUCUGCCUUCAUCAUUCUCCUCCCUUUGUCAUCUGGUGCACCUGGAUCUCUCCUUUAACCAGCUCUCCUCGUUGCCCUCCUGCCUUCUCAGCUUGCCUGCGCUGUCCUCUUUGCUCCUCUGUCACAACCACCUCACAGCUUUGCCUCCUGAUGCAGGCCAGCUGUCCUCCCUCACCUACCUCUCGCUCUUUGGAAACGAGCUGGUCUCUCUUCCUCCGAGCGUUGGUAAACUGAAGGCACUCCAGACCCUUGAUAUUUCGCAUAACCUCCUUCAGCAUCUACCUGAUGAAAUUGGAUCUCUGGAGGAGCUUGUUAAGCUGGAAUUGUCACACAACAAGCUGAAGCAGCUUCCAGAGAGCAUGGGUGCCCUCCUCUCCCUCAGGGAGCUUGUCAUCUACAGCAAUGACCUGCGACUGAUCCCACACUGUGUGAACAAACUGCCUCUGCUGAAAAUAGAUGUGCGUGACAAUCCCUUGGGACGACCCCCAACACCUCCUCCUCUCCCUCCUGCUCCUGAUAAAGCAGAAAUUCCAGAGUUGCACCUUGGAUUUAAUCAGCACAGUUUCUGUGUUUCGUCUGCUGGGGGUCAUGUGUUUCUCCCGGGGGGGGCCGAGCUGCUGUUCCCCCCGGGUUGCCUGAUGACGACCAGAAGACUGGAGUGGCUCGAGAAACGUCCAGGAAAGAAGUUGGUGCAGCUGGAAGAGCACGACAUCCUACUGAGUCGUCCACUGGAACUCCGUCCUCAUGGAAUUACCUUUCUAAAGCCUGUGGAGGUGUGUCUGCCUUAUCAUCGGACAAAAAGAAGAGAAGUGGCGGUGCAGCGGUUUGACGGACAGUCAUGGAGCAUUCUGCCCACUAUCCUGCGGAGGGGGAGCGAGAGCCAUAGCAGUCAUCCUGGUGGACGUCCAGCCAGGCUUGCCUGCUGCACAGUGAGCCAGUUCUCCUGGUUUAUGGUAGUGUCCCGUCCAGUGAAGGACAGUUGCUCUCUUACGCAAGCUGGAGCUCUGCUGGUGAGCAGCGCUGAUCCUGGAAUUAAGCUCCAAUUCCCUCCAGACUCCACCGUGCAGACCCGCACUAUCACUUUACAGGUGCUGCAGGUGUCCGUGUCAGAGGUGCAGGCGCUGUGUGGUGAUCCUCAGGCCAGCGUAAGCCUCUCCUCUGCCUCACCCAGACUCCCAGCAUACAGUUCCUGCAGCCUGUCAAAGUCCAGAUCCUCUGCCAUCAGGAGUCACAGGUCCAGUAAGCCUAUAUCU